CGAGUUUCACAUAGUACCCCUUUUAGCUGUGGCCUUGGCAGUUCUGUCAAUUUGUAGCUUCGACACUUCCUGUUUGUUGCCUUGCAGCACUUGAAGAGUUUGGACGCAGUCGCACGAUGGACUGGCUCGCUUGGACAACACUUUUUUUGACAGUAUUCCAAACUACAAUUGGCUUCAAUAUCGACCCUGUGCCUUGGAAGACCUUGUCAAACUCCGCAGAUGGUUUUGGAUAUCAGAUUGUGCAAAGACAACAUGACUUGCUGGUCAGCGCACCCCUCGUUCAGUAUUCAGACAGAAGAGGAAAAAUCUUUAAAUGCUCCAAAGAUUCGUGCAAAGAGCUGCAAGUUCCAGUGCCCUCUUCUGCCGUCAACAUGUCUCUUGGUUUGACGAUGAUAUUUAAUCCAACUACAGAAGCCACCAUGGCGUGUGGUCCGACCAUCCCGAACGAUUGUGGAAGCAUCACCAUGUACAACGGCAUGUGCUUUCAGAUCGAGUCCUCUAAUGACGUCAACCCUCCAAUACCUUCGUCUCUUGACGGGUGCCCAAGUCGAGCAGACAUCGCAUUUCUGCUGGAUGGCUCGGGAAGUGUGUCCUGGGGAGACUUUACAACAAUGAAGAAUUUUGUAAUUGAGCUCAUCAACUCCUUUUUGGGCAAAGAUUCCCAGUUUGCUGUAGUCCAAUACUCUUCCGACGUCACCAUCCAUAAUUAUUUUAAUACCUUCAACAAAAAGACCUGGAGAAAUGACAUCAGUGGAAUAGGGCAGAAACGCGGCGGAACAUACACAGCCGAAGGCAUCCGCAAAGUUGUUAACGAGGUAUUUGUGGAGCGCAGAGGUUCCAGGCCCAGUGUGAAGAAGAUUCUAAUUGUCAUCACAGAUGGGGAAUCUCAUGACAGUGAAAACUUCGGGACAGUAAUAGCUGCCGCCGAAAGAAAACAAAUAGUUCGAUUUGCUAUUGGGGUGGGCAAUGCAUUUAACAACCAAAACGCUAAAAUCGAGCUGGACACCAUCGCGUCAGCCCCAACAACGAGCCAUGUGUUUCGAGUGGAGAACUUCAUUGCGCUUGAAGCAAUCCGGCAGACUUUGCAGGACAGCAUCUUUGCUAUUGAAGGAUCUCAAUCGAGCGGUGAGAGCCUCAAAAUGGAGAUGGCUCAGCUGGGAUUCAGUGCUGCCUACGUGCCAAGGUCAAAUCGGGACGUGCACAUAGCGGCUGUUGGAGCAAACCAAUGGAGAGGAGGCUUCCAAACAUACACAGGCUCGGGAGAACGUUCCUAUUUCCCAACGGACCUUGAUCCGGACAGCUAUCUGGGUUAUUCCAUUACGGUUGCCCAAAGAGGCAACGUAAGGUUGACGGUCGCCGGCGCUCCAAGAUAUCGACACCGAGGUGUUGUGAUGGUAUUUUCCCAAAAUGGCUUUGAACAAACAGUAGAUCCCUUCCGAUGGGAGUAUCAGAUUGGUGAAUAUUUCGGGGCUGUGGUCUGCGCCAUGGAUGUGAAUCGGGACAGUCACACGGACAUCAUCCUCAUAUCUGCGCCGAUGUUUGUGGAAGAGGACAGAGAAGGGAGAGUUUACGCUUGCACCCUGACUGGUUCGAGAGUCGAAUGUCGAUUCGAAUCUCCGGUGGUCCUCAGAGGAGAGCGAUCCCCUAGAGGGCGCUUUGGCGCUUCCCUCGCCGUCCUGCCUGACAUCAACUCGGAUAGACUCAAUGACUUGGCGGUCGGGGCGCCGUUGGAGGACGACGGACACGGCUGCGUCUACAUAUUUCACGGCGAGCGAACGACGAUCUCGGAUACGAUCUCGCAGAGGAUAGCUGGCUCGAAAUUGCAGUCGGGACUCAGGUUCUUCGGCAUGUCCAUCAGUCAGUCAUCCGCGGACCUCAGCGGGGACAACCUGCCUGACUUUGCAGUAGGCUCAAAAGGAAAAGUCAUCUUACUCAGAUCCAAACCCAUCGUCACGAUCGAGAGCAUGCUGACCUACAACCCGAAACAAAUCUCGACCAAACAAAACGACUGCGACAAUCCAAAGGAGUUUAUGGCGAGUGUCUGCUUUGUGAUGAGAAAACUCUCAAACGUACAAGGAGCGAGGGCAAGAGUUAAUUACACGUUGACGCUGGACGUCACCCGCAAGGUGCCCAACAACCGAGCUUACAUCCUAGAGAAAAUCCGAGAGAAGAGCGGCACGGUGGAGUUGGAUUUAGCAGCUGUACCAGAAUGCUUCAACAUCAAGGUCUUCGUCGAGCCAUGCCCAGAAGACGCUUUGAAUCCUCUUGAGAACGAGCUCAGAUUCACAUUCGAGGGUUUGCCCGGUGCCGAUAACCUGAGCCCGAGUCUUCACCAACUUUCCCAAACGACCACGAUUUAUCCGUUGGCUUUUGAGAUCGACUGCGGCCUCGACAACAAAUGCGUCGAUAACCUCAAGCUGGAUUUCAACUUUAGCGGAUCUUUGGUGGUCAAAGUGGGCAUCGACGAGCUCUUGAAUGUUACCGUGUCCGUGGAGAACCUGGGCGAAAACUCCUACAACACCCUCGUUGUUCUCACAUACCCAGGAGAGUUCUCCUACAGGAAGUUUACCGUCCUGAAGGGGAGAAUCGAAUGCAGCUCCUUGGACAGUGAAGCUGGCCUAUCUCGGGGAAAGACGGACUGCACCAUCGAUAAGCCUAUUUUGAGGAGUAACUCAACGGCUGUCUUCGUGGUUUCGUACGGCAUCGAAACCAACAGCCGACUGGAUAAGACGAUUUUUAUCACGGCCAAUGCAACGAGUGGGAACGAGCAACACUCGGCUUCGAGCCAACGUUUCAAAAAGAAAGAAAUCGGCGUCAAGUACAGUAUUUUUGUUACAAUGGAAAGUUCUCUAAGUUACAUUAACUUCACCUAUGGAAAGAAUGAUGUGCAGAAAUCACUUAAGCAAUCUGUUUUGGUUUCCAACAAUAUUCGAGCAUUUAACGUCACGGUAGUGGUCAGAGUUCCCGUAAAGCUGGGAGAAAAGGACAUCUGGGCAAAUCUGAGCUCUUUAGAGAUUCCAGACUGUCAAUACAGUCAUGAUGAAGGGGCGAAUGUCUUAGAUUUGGUCGCUCAGAUGCGAAACAAUAAAAUAGUGGAUUGCUCGGUGGCCACGUGCCGGGUGUUCAAGUGCAAUCGUUUUAUGGGACGGCUGGAGGGCAAACGCUACGAAAUAUCCGCCAAUAUGAGUUCAGAGUGGAUUCAACAGAUCGGACUCGACAAGGCCAAGUUUAUCUUUACCACUACGGCCAGUCUGGAGUAUGACAAGGAUCAGUACAUCUUCUUUUCAACUUCAUCCAAUAACCUUCCUCCCGUGCUCAAGAUUGAAACAGAGGUGGCGGUGUAUCCCCAACCGGACUUUACGAUAGCGAUUGUUGGUGGUUCUUUAGGAGGUCUGGUUAUACUGGUGAUACUCUCGGUCGUCCUUUAUAAGGUUGGAUUUUUCAAGAGUAAAUACCAGGAGAUGAUUAACGGUGCCGAGGGCGCCGAUAUGGACGGCCAGGCGGGUGACGGAGACGCUCUCACGGAGUCGUAGCGAAAUAACUUUAGGUCGUUUCAGCUUUUUAUUUGAAGCUGCACAAAACAAUGACGUCAUCGUCCCAUUCCAUUGAAUUUUAUGACAACAUACAGAAUGACAUUUCUUUGCACUAGUAUUUUUUUUUUUUAAACAAGCCUGCAUUUGUAUGACAUCCUAAUUUUCUUUCUACAUUCUGAUGCUAUUGUUAAAAUGAUUCACAAUAAUGAAGACAA